UUUGGCGGCGGGGGCCUACUAGUGCGUUUGCAAAUAACUUGCAGGCUGGAUCCCCUUCCAAACACUAGCCCUGGAGUCGGCUUAUGCAUACCCGGUUAUGGACCAUCCCCUUACUCGGAAGAUGGAAUGACGGCAAUAGGGUCGCACUCUGAGUUAGAGCUCGAAAUAUUUAAACUCCAUCUCCCGGGUACUGUGUGCAUAUGCACCAUCCCUUGCCUUCUUCGCUUCUGUUAUCAAUGUCCACACCUCUCGCUAGUGAUGAAACUGCAACGCAGGCUUCCGACGGCGCUUUACAAUCGGUCAAAAGCACAGGAAACAUCAGCAAUACCAACAACUCAGACGCGCCAGAUUUUCCCGAUGGUGGUUUUACAGCCUGGGGCACCGCGCUAGGAGCUUUCUUGAUCCAGUUCUCUGGCUUUGGAUAUACCAGCGCUUACGGCGUCUUCCAGGACUUUUAUACUCAAACAUACCUGACCAAUUCCACACCGUCUGCAAUCGCUUGGAUAGGAAGCGUUAAUGCAUUCAUGAUAUUAUCGGUCGGUCCCGUGGCAGGAAGAAUGCUUGACCGGGGUGCAUUCUAUCAUUUGAUGAUCAUUGGCUGUCUCCUUCAAUGCUUCUUCCUCUUUAUGCUGUCCCUGGCGAAGCCAAAUGGAUAUUAUCAGAUCUUCCUUUCUCAAGGUAUCGGUUCCGGUGCUGCAAUAGGCCUUACAAAUGUUCCCACUAUCGCUGUGGUAUCUCAUCACUUCCAGCGACGUAGAUCUUUCGUGAUGGGAUUCGUCGUUGCGGGGGCGUCAAUGGGUUCAAUCGUGCACCCAAUCAUGCUCAACAACCUUAUUAAUGGAAGACUUGGCUUUGCAAAUGGUGUCCGUGCUAGUGCGGCCAUGACCAGUGGUUUACUUCUUAUUGCUUGUCUCCUGAUGCGUACAAGACUUCCACCGCAACCCCAGGCCGUUAGCUACACUCGUGUUCUGCGAAAUUCGCUGAGAGACCGUGCUUAUGUCUGUGCUUGUCUAGGGAUGGCUGCUUCAGAAGUCGGAUUCUUUUUCGUAGCAUUUUAUCUUCAAUUAGACUCCCGGUUGCAUGGUCUUGACGAAAGUUUUUCGUUUUAUUCGCUUGCGAUAUUCCAUACUGGUUGUUUCAUCGGAAGGCUUACCGCGGGCAUUGUCUCUGCCUACCUGGGCGUCCCACAUACGGUCAUCGGCUCCUCGUUAAUAGCCUCCGCUAUAAUCUUUGCAAUGAUUGGCUUGCGGUCAAUGGCGAGUGUCACAUUGAUAGGUAUCACCUAUGGUUAUUUUUCUGGAAUCUAUGUAGGAAUGAUGGCCCCUAUGAUCACAUAUCUGACGCCUGAAAUCUCAGACAUUGGCGCUCGAAUUGGAAUAUCUUUUGCAGUAGCUAGCAUUGGAUCGCUCUCAGGUACGUUUUCCAUUUGCUUUUUUCAACCGACGCUCACGUUCAGCUUAGGUGCACCAAUUUGUGGGGCUUUCCUAACCUCGAAUUAUAUCUGGUGGAAGGCCGCUGUCUUUGCUGGGAGCCUUGCAACUGGCGGAACCAUUAUGUUCAUAUUCAUGCAGUUCAUAUUGAAGAUCCGUCAAAAGACUGCAAGCGUCUGCUCCAAGGAAACUGGUGUUUGAUCCAUGUCACAUGUACAAAUCGUACACAUUGCUCAUGCCCUAUCGA